CAAUUACAGCUGCAGAGACACCUUACACACACCGUUUCUGUCCUUUCCACACUCACCUUGAAGAGACGACACAGACCGAAUAGCUUCAUUUAAGUGUUUUCCAGAUGCACAUCUAUAAAAUGUUUCAGGUCAGCGCUCAUGGUUGAUUCUCCGGUCCGUUUGAGGGCCCUGUCUCAUGUCACACACACACUCCUGGGGUCCCUGAACCCCUAUGAGAGGAACCACGGACGCAGACACUGGUGUCGAGGCACCCACUCCUGCCGGUGGUCGUCUGGGUGCCGGUGCGGGAGGUUCACCGUUCUACCGCGAGCUGUGGUUCAUCGUGCUGAUGGCUGGAGUCGCGCUCGUGCUGUUGGCUCUCAUUCUGGCUAUAGUUUUACACAAGGCUUUGAACAAACCACCGUUCACCCGAGAGCGACCGCCGCUUGUCCCGCUGCCACUGCAUCGCCGCAGCCCGUUGACCAACUACCCACCCAGCAACUCCUACCUGUUCGACAUGGUUCCAGAAACGGUGGGCUCUCCGAACAGCGUCACACUGAAGGCCUACACGAUGCACAUGGAGGAGGUGAUUGAGGGUAAAAUGGUUGAUGAAGACGGUUCUGCGGAGGGUGUGGUGACCGUCUCAGGUCUGUACGCACAGAACGCUCUACAGCGCAGCGUCAGUCAGCUGAUGGACAAGAAAGACGAGGAAGCGUGGGAGCCGCACUUCAGACGCCUCGACAGUGGCCUGUUUGAAGGUGAGGAGUUUGUGGACAGCAUCAAAGGCUUCAGCACAGUCAGGAAAGAACACACCAUGUUCACGGACACUAACCUUUGACCUUCCUCAUGACCUCUGACUCUCAUCUCAUAUGAGAGCGGGAUCGGCACUUUCUCCAAACAUCACCUCAUAUCAGAGGAAAAUAAACUGAACUAUGUUUUGGUGAAGUUGGACUCUCGUCUCUAUGGACCUGCGACACUAAUGGUGUCUCCAACUCUAACACAGACAGGAGGAAAUGACAUUAUACAGCAGGCCAAAACAACAACAACAGGUUCACAUCAAUAUUGAACCACUGACUUGAAACUAAUAUUUCUGUAAGAUGGCAAACAAGGAUUGUUUAAAGUUGGCUUGAAUGGAAUAUUUGAACAUUUUCAAACUCUUU